AUGAAUAAAAUAUUAAGCUUCAAAAAAAAGUUUAUAUAUAAUAAUAAUAAUAAUAAUAGUGAUAAUAAUAAAUCAGCCAAACAAACAUUUCAAAAAAGAUCACCACACAACAUAACCAAACUUAAUGAUGGUAAUGAUAAUGAUGAUCCAACAAUAUUAAAUAGAAAAAAAGUAAAAAAGACACCCUAUAUCAAACCACCAAAUACUGGAAGUGUAAUUGUUGGUGCCCCACUCUGCGGCUUAUUUUCAAAAGGUAAAAAGUCUAGCGAGAUUUCCAAUAAUAGAAAAACAAUUCAGCCAUUUUCAGAAGAAGGUUUUUUAGAUCAAAAACCACCACAACAACAACAACAACAACAACAAGGACAAGGACAAGGACAACAUUCAAAAUCACCAACAAAACAAAAACAAAAUAAACCAUUAAUUCAUAAUCAAGCAGUAACAAAUCAUAUUUAUGAUAAAACUAAACCAUCUGAUAUUUCAUCAGAAACCAAUAUCUCUUUUAAUAAUAAUAAUAAUAAGAUUAACAUAAAUAUUGAUAAAUUAAUUGAAGAUAGUAAAGAUGAAUAUAACCAAAAAGUUAAAGAAAUUGAAAAAAAGGUUUUAUCAAAUACAGUAUCAAAAAACAACACCUCAAAUGAUCCAAAAAUCCAAGCUACCAAAAUGAUCAUUAGUAUUGAAAAAGAAAUGAUAUCAUUGCUCGACCUAAUGAUCAAUGACCAAAAUAACAACCGAGCUACAUUUAAAAAUAUAGUUGGUGCCUCGAAAAAAUUAAGCAAUCAUAAUUUUUUUAAUUUUAACAAUAACAAAUAG